UGCACAGCAGUCAGUUGUCGGUUGGCUUUCGUCGCGCGAAAGUGUUUUUAUCUUUCUAACUGAACGGGAAUUUUGAUCCUUUCGUGGAUACAGCGGAAUAAGGCGCACUCAGUCGUUACUAUUUGUCGAGAAGGGUAAAAAGACACGUGGUUUCUUAUUUUCGAUCCAUUUUCAACAAUUUAGAUCGAACUAGAUAGAUUACAGGCGGCUAAUAUUGAUACAGAACAUAAAUCAUCGAGAUCAUCGUACUGUUCCGAUUCCCCACCGUUAUUCGGAUCAUCACCGUCAACGAAGUCGGAUCAGUUUUUAGUAUCCGCCGUGAAAAGAUUAUUUUGCCCAGAGGAAAACUAUCGAUUUUUCAUCAAAGUUAAAUUCAAUCAGUGUCAUAAAUCAACAGCGAAUAAUCAAAAGAUUCAGUGACCUGCGGGAAGCAUAUCGUGCGAAGUAAUUAUUCUAGAAAUAAUCGUGAAAAAACGGUUGGUCACGAGAUCCUAUAGGUCGAAGUGACCUUGGUUUGCGGUAUAGAGUGUGAAUUACGGAUCAACACGUCAUCUCCACCGGUAGCUAGUCGAUUGUGAAAAGAGGGUGAGAAAAUAUUCAAAUAGACUUCGAUUGUUACAUCGCACCUACGCUUGGUAUCGUUCAGUGCGAUUUUUCCACCUGUUGGCAGUGGACGUAAUUGAAGGGUAUUAAACCACAUCAUUAGUAGAACAAUCUGUAGUAUGCGACAAUCGCAGUAAACUGGUGACGGCCAAAACAACGAACAACGUCAGCAAUCAUGGGUUACUACGAUCGGUGUGUUAAAUUACCUAAAAAUAAAUUAAAAGCAUGCGCAUUUUGUGUGUUGCUUUGCAUGGCCAACUUGAUCGACAUAAGCGAGGCGCGCAAGGUGGCGACUGGUCGCGUCACAAAGCCAACGGCAAAUCGAGGAUAUGCGAGUGCGGACAUUGCUAAGUUGAGUUACACGCCCAAUCAUGCUGCUGUACCGGCUAAGCCCGCGGCAGCCCCUGCACAACAAACGCCGAUAGGUUGGAAUGUGCACAACACCAACAAUGCGCCUCCACCGUACUCGGCUACAGCAAACCAUGGACCACCCCCGCCAUACUCUGCUCAACCGAACCCCAAUUCGAACAGUAGAUUCAACGAACAACCUCCACCAUAUGCUCAGAACAAUCCAGGAUUCCCACCGGCUCCCAACUAUCAGAACAACCAGGCAGCUUUCGGAGCAGGAGCAGCCGGUGGAGUAGUGGCAGGAAGCGCAUAUCGUCCCCACGGUCAUAACAUCUCUUCAGGUGGACUGGGAGGAGGUUUCCAGCCCGUGCCUAACCAAGGCUAUCCCGCUCAACCAGCGCAAGGAUUCCCAGGAUCACCUGUUGCUCAACCUGGUGGCGGUUAUCCAGGAGCACCAGUGGCACAACCUGGUGGAGGAUUCCCUGGUGGAUAUCAACCCGCUUAUCAACCAGGUAGUUAUCCUCAACAACCUGGCUUUCAACCAGCCCCAGGAGGUUUCCAACAGCAACCGGGCACGGUCAUUCAUCACUAUGAACAGCCAUCUUCUGGUGGUGGUGGAUUAGGUACCGUCCUUGGAGCUGGAGUAGUAGGCCUUGCGGCUGGCGCCGGUGGCGCAGCCAUCUACGAUGCCCUCAAGCCCAAAGAAGAAGCCAAAGAGGCCCAUCCGGAAGCAGCUGCCACCACGACAACAACCACUACAACCCUGGCGCCAAUCAACCCUAACGGAGAAGCACAACUGGCACCAAUUCCCGCCAAUCCCAACGGCGAAACACCUUUGGCUCCGAUGCCAGUCGUCCCCCCUAACCCCAAUGGUGAAACUCCAUUGGCCCCGAUGCCUGCCGCAGAAACAACAACCGACCCAGCAGCUACUGAUAUGACCACAACCGAUAAUCCCCUAGGAUCGGCCCCGUUGGCAUCAUUCCCCGUUUCCUCCAAUACAACAGCCGCCGACACCAGUAGCACUUCGCCGGCGUCAACGGUAGCUGUGGAAGCCCCGAAUGCUGCUCUCAACGUCCAGCCGAAUCAGGCCGCUCCCGUCGUUCCAACAACGUCAUCCCAACACAGUGAUUCCGCGGGUGGCCGCGUUCAGCUGUCCAUCUUCACACUUCUAGCUCCGGUGAUUUGUAGAUUUUUGUUCUAGUUUUUAAGGCAGCAAAAGAAAAUGUCGAUGUAAUCCUGGCGAUUCCAAACACAUACCAAAACGAAACAUGAAAAUGAUUUAGAAUCAUUCCAACAAACAAUCAGGCUGAGUUAGUUACUAAUAGUAUUUGGAACAACAAUUGGUUCACGAGUUUGUUGAGUCGAAGCGCCAUUUGAACUUUUUUUUGUAUAAUUUGAGCCAGACGUUGUGCCUUCUUAGUAUGAUAGGAUCAUAUUUUGUUGAGAUAGAUUAAGUUUAACGAAUAAACAGAACCACAGUUGAUAUUUA